GUAAAGUUUGUUGAAGUUGCGCACAUUGAGUGACUCAGUUGCCAAACUUCCCAUCCUCAAAAUCAUCUUUCAACCCCCAAAAGUUAAAAUUAUAAAUCCUAAACUAAAGAGUAAACAAAGUUGGGAAAACCCAAACAAAUUAAAUUAAUUACUCCAUUUUCCACUUCUUCAAAGAAGUGGGGAUUCAAUUCAAAGUUUCUAGAGAGAGAAAGUUGCAAAAUAAUACAAGUAAAAAAAAAAAAAGUUAAAACAAAAAUUCUGAAAGUUUUUUCUCAUGAGAAAAAAGCAUAAACUGUACAGGAAAGUUGAGGUGGACUAAGAAAGAAAAAGAGAGACAAAAAACAGCUCAUCUACCCCUUUUCUCUUGUUACCAACCUUUCUAAUUUCAUUUGUUUUUCUGAAUUUUUGAAGAAAUUUUAGUAAAGGUGAUUUUAAUGUCAUUUAUGUACAACCCAAUUGGUAAAGAUGAUCAUAACCAGAGCUCAGCAAAUAAAUAUUGCAAGUAAAAUAUAGUAAUGUUAGCAAAAUGGGGAAGAAAGGAAGCUGGUUUUCAGCAAUUAAGAGGGUCUUUGCACAUAGCUCUAAGGAGAAGGUAGCUGAUGGAACAGAGAAGAAAACGUCGAAAGAGAAGAAAAAGAAAGGGGCUGGAAAGCUAAAGCAUGGAGACGGCCAUUCGUUCUUGCCUUUUGUCAGAGAGCCAAGCAGCAUUGAGAAAAUACUUGGGGAGAUUGAAAGGGAGCACCAAGUUACAAAUUAUGAGCCUCCAACUCCACCUGAGCCACCAAAGGCAGAACCUCCUCGUGUAACUCCUCCGCCCGUGAGAACUGCUAUUCCACCUGUUAUAACUUCUAUCCCACCAAUUAGAACUGCUACUCCUCCAAGAGCACCUACUCCACCAAGGGCUGCCUCCCCUCCAAGGGAAGCUGUUCAACGGAGUCCACCUUCAAGUGAUGCCACUCAGCCAACUCCCCCUAGAGAGACCUACCCUCCAGCUCCAAGGGUAGAUUCUCCACAAGCUACAACCCCUGUAAAUGCUGUGACUCCUGCUAGGAUUCCCUCCUCAAGGUUUGUUCACCAGCGGAGGCCAGAGCCGACGUUAAGGGAACAACAUGCUUGUGCUACUAAGAUUCAAGCAGCUUAUAGAGGCUAUAUUGCUAGGAGAAGCUUUAGGGCUAUAAGAGGUCUGGUGAGGCUGCAAGGAGUAAUGAAAGGGCAUAAUGUGAAGAGGCAAACAUCAAAUGCGUUGAAAUGCAUGCAGAUGUUGGUCCGUGUGCAAAAUCAGAUACAGUCACGUAGGAUCCAGAUGUUAGAGAAUCAGGUGUUACAACGCCAGAUGAAUAAAAAUGAUCAAGACUACGAAAGCAGCUUUGGCAAAUGGAUGUCUGAGAACCAGGAUCAAUGGGAUGACAGCACACUGACUAAAGAAGAGCUAGAAGCAAGAAUGAAGAGGAAGUAUGAUGCAAUUGUUAAGAGAGAAAGAGCAAUGGCGUAUGCAUACUCCCAUCAGUUGUUGAAAUCAACUCCAAGAACGGGAAAUGGAGCUUUAGCCGAUUUCCGAUCAGGAGGGUAUCCCUACUGGUGGAACUGGUUGGAACAACGCCAAGUACCGCCAUUGACACCGACAAAUCCUUCACGAAGCCCAGCAAUUAAGAACUUUUUCGCAACUCCUUCUAGAUCACCUAGGGACUUCAAGGCUAGCCCCGUUCCCCAGUCGAGCAACCUUGGACAACAUAGUGGUCUUGGGUUUGAUAAUAUGGAUGCUUCAACUCCAAGAUCCACCAGGUCAUCUGUAGCCCCAAGAUCACGACAGGCAAAAACCCCUCCCAGUAGAUUCCAGCAGAAAUUUUCUAGAGGGAGUGCAGCAACUUCACCCUUCAACGGACGUGCAUUUAAAGAUGAUGACAGCCUCAUGAGCUGUCCGCCUUUCUCUGUUCCACGUUACAUGGCCCCAACGGCUUCUGCUAAUGCAAAAUUAAAAGGUAGUCCUGUCCCAGAUAGCCCAAGCAGUAUCACCACUGAUGAGCCUAAAAGGCGGAUGUCAUUUCCUUUUACUCAAGGUGGCGGAUCUUUCAAGUGGAACAAAGGCAAGGAACCGAGUUCACCAAGCGUGCUAGGGAAGAACCAGUCAGUGCAAUCUGUAGGAAACUUGAGUGUUGAUUCUACAGUUUCUAUGCCUGCAGCUGUAGGAAGAAAGCCAUUUAACCGAUUUGCAUGAUUAUUUGUUAUAUUUUUUCCCCCUUAUUCCUCGCUCUUUUUAUUUAAAGUUCUUCUCUCUUGCCCUUGGGUUUUAUGUUUCAUUUCCCUCCUAUGUACUUGUGUUGUGUGUGUUUAUAUUUUAACCGAGUUUACAAUUGCUGAUGUAUACUAAUAAAGACGACAAUGUAGGAUGUGAUUGCUUGUAAUUACUUUUCAUUGUAAAAGGGCCGGAUUCUUGAACAGCGAGUUGCACAUUUUUAA